AUGCCGAGCGGACCGAGCACGCUGCUGGUGCUGUGGCUGCUGGUGCUCGGCGGUGAAUGCCGCUGCGGCGAGCGGCUGGAGCGAGCGCUGGACCUGAUGCAGCAGCGCGGCAGCUCGGCCAGACGACGCUACGACAGCGAGGACGCGGACACGGUCUACCACGAGAGGCUGCGCUCCGCGCCCAUCGACGUAACCGUCACGAAGGUCGUCGUCGAGAUCCCGCACGGACCGUCCAGCAGCGGCGCCACCGCCAACGGCCGCGACGCCGCGGGCUGGGCCACGGUGGAGCGCUGCGCCUACGAGCCGAGCAGCAACUCGGUGCGCACUCGCGUGGCGUUCAACGAGCUCGCGGUCACGGGCCUCGUGCAGCUGGUCGUGCGAGAGCCCGACUCCCCGCCGGGCGCCCGUGCCGAUCGCCACUUGCCGGCCGAGUCGUGCCGCAUGAGCUUGCGCCUCCGGCGCGCCGGCAUGGACUUCUACACGAGUCCGAUCGCGCGCGGACGCGGGCAGAUGCGCAUACGCACCGAGUCGAGCUUCCUAGAGCCCCGCUUCGCCUCGAUUUACGCCUACGGCUGUCGCGCGGCGGUCGCCCCGCAGGUGGCGCAGACCUCGUACGACCGGGUCGAGUCCGAGCCCAGGAAGAGGGAGCUGGACAAGGAUGUGCUUUCGGUGAGCGCGUUCGCCCGCGAUAUCGCUUGGAGGCGGCAGGAGGAGGACUUGAUCAAGGAGGAGAAUCGGCUUGGCGCCUCGGUCGCCGCCACGCCGCUGGGCUUCUCCAACGACGCCUUGCUCGACUCGCUCUGGCGCUCGCGCGCCGACAUCGCUCGCGAGAUGGAGGACGUGUUUCUCAGGAGCGCUAGCCAAGCCAUCACCCAUUACAUUGAACGACAACUUCAUCCCGCUAUCAAGGAGACUCUCAUGCUGUCUAUGGGUUUCACCAUCAGUUACGGAUGA